AUGGAAGACGAAUCUGGUCUAGAUGUCUUGAUGCAUGACGGCGACGUCCUCGAGAGCACAGAACGACGGCCACUCCAUACAGACAGUACUGGCACCGAUAUUCUAAUCAAGACCGAUCUAUCGCAUCCGGAUGCCACAGCUACAUCAUCCCCCAAAGCGCUGCCGAUCACCACUCCCACGCUCAAAGGGUCUGGCAUCCGCAGAGAGAAUGGAGCCGCAGACCAGCAGGUGACGGCCAAGAAAGAUGGCCCGAAGCCAGCCAAGUUCAAGAACUUGCCAUACGCUACCUCGCAGACUGGGCUUGUGUACGAUGUACGUAUGCGCUUCCAUGUGGAGGCGGAGCCUGUGGAAGAGGAUAUGCACCCUGAAGAUCCUCGCCGAAUACAUGCCAUCUUCGAAGCGUUCGUGAAUGCUGGCCUUGCUUGGCGCGAAGGUCAAUCCGGACCUUCAAUAGACUACUAUAUGGGUCGCAUAGAUGCACGCAUGGUGACUCGGGACGAAGUCUGCCUGGUGCAUACCAUCGAGCACUGGAACUGGGUGCAGUCAUUGCGAACUCUCAACACUGUACAACUCAAAGAAGAGCAGCAACACCCCCCACAUUCCAACGACUCCGUGUAUUUGUCGACCAGCACGCCAUACUGUGCCGCGCUAUCCGCUGGUGGUGCGAUCGAGGCUUGCAGAGCGGUCGUCCUAGGCGUGGUCAAGAAUGUCUUUGCCGUCAUUCGACCACCAGGGCAUCACGCGGAGCGCGAAGAUGCCAAGGGUUUCUGCUUUUACGAUAACUGCAGUAUUGCGACCAAAGUCUGUCAAGCAGAGUUUGGAGAGAAAUGUCGAAAAGUCCUCAUCCUCGACUGGGACGUGCACCACGGCAAUGGGAUUCAGGAGGCAAAUUACGACGAUCCGAAUGUUCUAUAUAUUUCCUUGCAUCUACACAAGAAGGGUGCUUUCUAUCCAGAGCACUCAUACCGAGACAACAGAGUGGCGUACGGCGACCAUCUCCACUGCGGUCGUGGUGCAGGCAUUGGCAAGAAUGUUAACAUACCCUGGAGCAAGCAGGGCAUGGGCGAUGCCGACUACAUCUACGCCUUCCAGCAGAUCGUGAUGCCGAUCGCGAUUGAAUUCGAUCCAGAUUUGGUCGUCAUCGCAGCUGGAUUCGAUGCUGCUGAAGGUGACAUGCUAGGUGGCUGCAAGGUAUCACCUGCCGGCUACGCUCACAUGACACAUAUGCUCAUGUCCCUGGCAGACGGCAAGAUGGCAGUGUGCCUAGAAGGUGGCUACAAUCUUGAGUCCAUCUCCAGGUCGGCGACAGCUGUCGCAAGGACAAUGAUGGGCGAACCUCCCGACAGGCUGGCCGAAACCACACCUUCCAUCUCCGCUGUGGACGAUGUCAAGCUAGUGUUGCGGCAACAGAGCAAGUUCUGGUCCUGUCUAUUCCCCAAGAAUCCUGCAGACAGACUCGCAGGCUCUCUUCAUGGCGUUCGUAUGCACAACGUUGUGCGGGAGUGGCAGGCCGAAACAAUGUUCACGGAGCACCGAAUGAUGCCACUUGCGGUACAGCAGCCACAACUAGCCCGCGAAUUCGAGAAUCAAGUUCUAGCAACACCCAACUACAAACAAGCUCGACCUCUUUUGGUCAUUCUGCACGAUCCUCCGGAGGUCUUGGCAUCUCCUGAUCCACGUACCGGCAGGAUUGAGCUUCACAACACCUGGCUAACUGAUAUUGUGAAGACUUACGUUGACUGGACCGUGAGCCAAGGCUUCGCUGUCAUCGAUGUCAACCUUCCAAGGCACAGCGCCGACUACGACGAGGACAAUCAGGAACAUAAAGAAACUGAUAGUGUCGAAUUCCGAACACGUGAAGCAACCCGCGCCCUGAAGUAUCUAUGGGAGAACUACAUUGAGCUGUACGAUUCGACACAUGUCUUCCUGAUGGGAACCAACAUCGGACACGGCGCAAUCCUCAACUUCAUCAAAGCACAUGAAGAUCAGGCACAGAACCUGAUGACAAAGGUCAUCUCGUUCGUGCAGGAUGUUUCCCUGAUCUCCUGCAAAUCGCCAACGAGUGACUUACUGCCAGGGUGGUAUUACGGCGCAUCGUUGGUCUUUGUAGCAAACGACCACAGCUACUGGGCCACCGAAUAUGCCAGAAAGCCUAAGAAGCGCUUUGGUAGAGUAAGCAGGUCUGAAGAAAGCUCAAUCAGCGAGAUGCUCCUUGAGCACCGCGACGAGAUCUUCCGGACACUUCUCAGCGAAACAGCAGAGUGGCGGGCUCAGAGGCCGGAGAGCGAGGAUGAGGAUGAAAUGGACGUCAGUGAGGUGGGUCCGGCAAGGAGUCCCAGCCCGAAGAAGAUACCACCUUUUGGUAACGUGAUUCUGUCACCGGCACCAAAGAGCUUGGCGGCAUCGAGCUUGGCUUCUGUGACGAGCAAUGGAGGCUUGAGCCCUUCGAGACUUCCUCCCAUUGGGAAUUUUGCGAUGUCAUCUCCCAAAUGA